GAAUUAACUUCUUACCAACUAAACUCAUCGUUAACUCAUAUUUUUUAUACUAUUAUGUAUGCAUAUAUUAGAAAAGAAAAAAAUCGCCAAACGAAAAUCAAGAGUAUAAUUCUAAAAAUACCACUAUUAACAUCCAAGGAAAACAAUUAUGAAAUGGGCAACAUACUAAUUAUGAAAAACACUCUCUACCAUAACAUGCUUAAAAUGUUCCUGUCAAACCAACUCCAAACCUGCAAUCAUUCCAUACAUCUUUGCAUGCAGCACAUCUCAAUGGUCAAUCUUCAGAGCAAAAAUCAUAUCAUUAUAUAUAUAAGGUUUGUUCCACUGACAGGUUGUGUAAUGUGGAGGUUACUUUGUGAUAGAAAAUUGUGGUGUUACUUGGUGAUAAUAGUGGGUUGGAUCGAGUUCAUUCAGAUAAUUGAAUCGAUUCUGGUCAAAAUUUUGAAGUGAUUUUUAUGUUUUUAUGGAACGUUCCAAAAAUGAAGCUAAAACCAAAUAAGCAACCGUGAUUACGGUCUACAACAACUAGCUGAAGUGAACUACACGUACAUGCCCAACCCAUUCUCAUGGGAAUCCAUUUUCGUCACCACAUCAAUCCUUUAUUUUCAAUUUUCCGUUAAUUUCAACAUAGUGUGUUUUACACGUUCAACAAUACAUAAAUCCAACAUGACUUUUCCUAGCUAUAUGAUUGAUUAAUUUCCAAGAAAUCAGAAUGACAGACUGAAGUGCAUAAACACAACAAGUUUGACUUGUGAUCACCUUCAUUUUUAAGUUUAACUUGCCUUCAUCUGUCACAUGCAUUAAGACAAAACAGAAACAUGAAUUCGACCAUGUCUUCUUCUAAUUCCUUCAAGCUUCUAUUUCUGUUCAUCCUCAUUAACUUUCUCCUUAACAAAACAACUAAAGCACAAGACCCCACUUUUAUCUACCACAGUUGUUCUAAAGACAAAACCACCACCAACAGCACAUACCAAACAAACCUCGUAACCAUGUUCUCUUCACUAUCCUCCAACGCCACCAACAAUGAAUUCCAGAACACCACAGUCACAGCAACAAACCCAUCAAACAGAGUGUACGGUCUAUUCAUGUGCAGGGGAGACGUUUCAUCUCCUUUCUGCAAACAAUGCGUGUCGAAUGCAACACAGAAACUAUCAUCAGACUCAGACUGUUCCUUAUCAAAAGUGGCAGUUAUCUGGUACGACGAGUGCAUGGUUCGGUAUUCCAACACCUCUUUUUUCUCAACCGUAGACACGAGUCCCAGUGUUUACCUUUGGAACACUGCCAAUAUGACGAACCAAGAAAGCUUCAUGAGUUUGCUGUCUGUUACUAUGAAUGAAACAGCAAAUGAAGCGGCGAAUUCUAAUUCUGUUGGUGUUAAAAAGAAGUAUGCUACAAAGGAGGCUAGCGUAUCUGGAUUUCAGACGCUAUAUUGUUUGGCUCAGUGUACAGAAGAUUUAUCUCCACAAGAUUGUAGAAUAUGCCUUAGUGAUGCCAUAGGAGAUCUUCCACAGUGCUGUGAAGGAAAGCAAGGAGGAAGAGUUUUAUUUCCUAGCUGUAAUGUUAGAUAUGAAUUGCAUCCUUUUUAUCAGAAGAUUCAGAAACUUGCUCCUUCACCGGCACCAACACCAGGACUUGCUCCUCCAACAACCACUCCGAAUUUGGGAGUUUGGAAUAUUGCAGGAAGUAGUGGAAUCUCAUCAGGGACAAUUGUUGCAAUUGUGGUUCCAAUUACGGUAGCUGUGUUGCUAUUUAUAGUAGGCGUUUGUUUCUUCUGUAAAAGAGCAGCAAAGAAGAAGCGUGACGUUGCACAAGAACCAAGAACUGAAACUGAUAUUACCAUCGUGGAAUCGUUGAGAUUUGAUUUGGCUACACUAGAAAAAGCCACAAACAACUUCUCAGAAGCAAAUAAGCUAGGUCAAGGUGGAUUUGGUCAGGUUUACAAGGGCAUGCUUUCAAGUGGACAAGAAAUAGCUGUCAAGAGACUCUCUAAAAACUCUGGCCAAGGCGGAGAAGAAUUUAAGAAUGAAGUUAUGCUGGUUGCCCAACUUCAGCAUAGAAAUUUAGCUAGGCUUCUAGGUUUUUGCUUAGAAAGAGAAGAAAAGAUACUUGUUUAUGAAUUUGUGGCCAACAAAAGCCUUGACUAUAUUCUUUUUGAUCCUGAAAAACAAAGCGGGUUGGAUUGGACAAGGCGUUACAAGAUUAUUCGAGGGAUUGCUCGAGGCAUUCAAUAUCUUCACGAAGAUUCUAGGCUGAAAAUUAUUCAUCGUGAUCUCAAAGUUAGCAACAUAUUGUUGGAUGGAAACAUGAAUCCAAAAAUCUCUGACUUUGGCAUGGCAAAAUUAUUUGGAAUGGAUCAAACUCAAGGAAAUACUAGUAGGAUGGUAGGGACAUAUGGUUACAUGUCUCCGGAAUAUGCAAUGCGUGGAGAGUUCUCUAUCAAGUCUGAUAUAUACAGUUUUGGAGUCCUCAUUAUGGAGAUUAUAAGCGGCAAGAAGAACAUAUCUUUCCAUGAAACAGGUGUUGCUGAGGAUUUAAUGAGCUAUGCAUGGAAACUUUGGAAGAAUGGAUCAUCCUUGGAAUUGGUGGACGACACAUUAAAAGAAUCUUAUACUCCAAAUGAAGUUAUAAGAUGCAUUCAUAUUGGUUUACUAUGUGUCCAAGAAGAUCCCGCAGAUAGACCUACGAUGGCAACAAUAAUGCUCAUGCUAGAUAGUUACACCGUUUCUCUACCUUUACCUAUUCAGCCUGCAUUUUUUCUACACAGUGGAACUGAUCCAAACACGCGGAAGAUAGAAAUUAGUGAAUCAACUACUAAUGGAAUACCAGAGUCUUUCAAUGAGAUGUAGUUUGGUGAUUAGAUCAUGGUAGAGCUUGAGAACUUUAGGAGAUUUUAAAAUUGUAGUUUAAUGGUGUAUACAGUUUUGAGUUCAAAACAUUGUAACAUUUUGUAUUAGUUUAUUUUUCAAUUUGGAAAUAAUAUCUGCAGGUUCUUUAGGCCAUCUUGGCCGCUAAA